AUGCCUAAGGCGGUUGUUACGGACCGCAAUACCGCGUUGAUGAAUGCGGUGACAAAGGUAUUUCCUUCUUCUAACAAAGGUAUUUCCUUUUGUCGAUAUCACAUAACAACGAAUGUGAGAAGUCGGGUUAAAAUCACGGUAGGAACGAAACAAGUAGAAGUUGAAGGUGGAAAAUUGGUGAAGAAAGUGUAUGAAAAGUAUCCUGCUUUAUUGAAAUAUAUUGAAAGCACCAUUCUUUAUCAUUUGAAGGAGAAGAUUGUAUGUGCGUGGAUUGAUAAUGUCCAACACCUUGAGAAUACAACCACUGACAAAGUUGAGUCGGCCCAUGCUAGUUUGAAAAAUUGGUUAGGUAAUAGUAAGGGGGACUUGUGUUGUGAUUGGGACUCUGUAAAUCUCAUGAUUAAAAACCAACAUAAUGAGAUACAAACCAAAUUUGGUCGGAGCAUAACGGUGUUGAAGAAUCAAUUUAAGGAUAAUAUUCUUUAUUCUCAAUUGAUUAGCAAUAUGUCUCGGUCAGAAUUGAAAUAUAUUUUUCACGAGGCCAAACAAGGUGAAACGGUAGGUUCCGUUAGCGAAAAAUGUGGUUGCACUACUUUUAAAACAUAUGGUAUCCCAUGA